AUGGCCCUGCAGAUGACGAUGUCCCGCGCCUGCGGCCUGGCCGGCUCGAGACCUAGUAAGGCGCAUGGUCACCAGGCGGUGCCCGCCGCGCGGCUCGCGGCGCCGAGGCUGCUGCCGGCGCUGGCCAAGGACGGCCACGCCAGGGCGAGUCUCGUGGCCAAAUGCGAAAAUGGGGGCGAUGAGGGGCAGGCGACGAGCGUGAAGCCGAGUGCUGACUUCGUGACGGAUGAGGACUUUGAGGAGGUUGUGCUCAAGAGCCCCGUGCCCGUUUUGGUGGACUUCUGGGCGCCGUGGUGCGGCCCCUGCCGCAUGAUUGCUCCACUUAUUGAUGAACUGCAAAUGGAAUACGGCGACAAGAUACGAUGCGUUAAGCUCAACACUGACGAGGAUCCCAGCAUUGCCACUCAAUAUGGCAUCAGGAGUAUACCAACAGUAAUUGUGUUCAAAGGAGGCAAGAAGAUGGAUACAGUAAUCGGUGCAGUGGCCAAGUCCACUCUGCAGUCAACUAUUGAGCGGUUUGUUGACUGA